AACAAAAAACAAACACAAACAAAAACAUCUCUAAGACGAAAAAAUACAAACAAUACAAAAAAGGAAAACAAAUAUUAUUUUCACAGAAAGCACCAUGUGUUCACUUCAAACCGGAAACACAUUGAAGCUGGGAAGCGCGGAAUCGGAAUAUCAGCGCAGGUCCAGGGGACGUUUCUUACUCUCACCUUAAAGUUUAAACGUUAAAUGUUACUUAUAAAUACUGUUUGUAAAGUUAAUAAUGAUUCAAAGUUCAAGACUAGAUAGCUAAAUCGCUUGUUUUAAGCUUUCAACUAUGAAAACGAGUGGCUAGCAACCAAGGACUACAUCAGCAAGAACCGCGCCACGAACUGGCAGGCUAGCUCUUAGCCAGGCCGAUGAGCUAGUUAACGCGUUAGAUCCGUCAUUUGAAUGUGUGCCUCUACCUGAAAUAUGUCGGGAUUCAACUUUGGAAAUACUGGGGGCCUCGGGUCCACCACUACUGGCGGGGGAUUCUCGUUCGGAGCAGCUGCAAGUACCCCUGCGGCCGCUGGCACGGGGGGAUUCACCUUGGGGAGUGCACUCGGUGCCGCUGCCCCGGCUGCUACAACCACGACCGCUGCUAUGGGGGGGCUGGGGGGCGGUCUAUUCGCUCAAAAACCGGCUACCGGGGGCUUCUCCUUCAACACACCAGUGGCAGGUGCAACCGCGCCUGCAACCGGCCUUUCAUUAAGUAUCCCCUCCUCCACGGCCGCCUCGACAGGCUUCAGCCUGGCCUUUAACAAGCCCUCCGCCUCGGCCACCCCCUUCUCCCUCACCACUGCGUCCACAAUGCCCAUGGGGGGAGGCUUGACGCUGGGCUCGGUCCAGACCUCCACCGCCCCGCAGGUCGCCAGCACCGGCUUCGGCCUCAACCUCGGCGGAGCGGUUUCGAGCAUGGCGCCCGUGUCCAUGGGCCUGACGCUGGGCUCCAGCCUGUUCCCCAGCACGAUGGCUAGCGGCCUGGGACAGGCUUUCCCCGGGGCAGGGGGCUUGACGCUGGGCUCCCUGGUCGCCGCCCCCGCCCCCAGCCUCGGGCUGGGCGGAGUUGACUUCAGCACGUCGUCGGAGAAGAAAAGCGACAAGUUGUCCGGGGCCCGUCCCGAGGACAGCAAAGCGCUGAAAGAUGAAAACCUGCCGCCGGUCAUCUGCCAGGACGUCGAUAACUUCCAGAAGUUUGUGAAGGAGCAGAAGCAGGUGCAGGAGGACAUCAGCAGGAUGUCGUCUAAGGCCAUGGCCAAGGUCCAGGACGACAUCAGGAGCCUGAAGAAGCAGCUGUCGCUCAGCACCAGCGGCCUGCAGAGGAACGCCCUCGCCAUCGACAAGCUGAAGAUGGAGACGGCACAGGAGCUGAAGAACGCUGACAUCCCUCUCCGGACCCAGAAGACCCCCCCUGGGCUCCAGCAUGAGAACACGGCUCCUUCUGAUUAUUUCCGGGGCCUGGUGGAGCAGUUUGAGGUCCAGCUGCAGCAGUACAGACAACAGAUCGAGGAGUUGGAGAACCACCUCACUACACAGGGCAGCGGAGCACACAUCACCCCCCAGGACUUGUCCCUGGCCAUGCAGAAGCUCUACCAGACGUUCGUGGCCUUGGCUGCCCAGCUGCAGUCUGUACACGAGAAUGUAAAGAUCCUGAAGCAUCAGUACCUGGCGUACCGCCGGGCCUUCCUGGAGGACUCCACCGACGUGUUCGAGUCCAAGCGCCAGGCCAGCAGGAAGUGGCAGGGUUCCCACCGCCUCACCACCGGCCCCGCCCCCUUCAGCAGCGUCCCCAACGCGGCGGCGGUCGCCAUGGCGGCCACGCUGAGCCAGCAGCAGCAGCCCGCUCCAGGGUCUCAGGUGCCCCUGGGGGCUGGCUAUGGAAACCCCUUAGCCUCGGGAGUGGGCCCUAGCUUGGGCUCGUCAGGCCUUGGAGCCUUUGGUGGUGGUGCUCCAGGGUUUGGGGGGGUGGCGACCGGGGGCGCCUCAUUCGGCUUCUCCUCCGCCAGUAAGCCCUCCGGAGGCAGCCUGAGUGCAGGGUUUGGCAGCAGCAGCACCACAGGUUUCAACUUCAGCAACCCGGGCAUCACCGCGUCUGCAGGACUCACCUUCGGGGUGUCCAACCCCCCCACCGCCGGCUUCGGCACCGGAGGACCCCUGCUGCAGCUCAAGAAGCCCCCCGUGGGGAACAAGAGGGGCAAGAGAUAG